CGCCUGGAUUUGUGUUUCACGUUUCUCCACUAAAAUGACUGAUCACACACUUCAAGAGCCUGCUCUGCUUACAUGUAGAAAGUCUCAAAAGUAACGCAGUUCUAUUUUAUUUGUAUUUUUAUUUUUUUUUUUAUUUUAAUUGUCCCCGUCGAAAGUGGACUGCUCAUGACAAACUUUCUGAGGCUGUAGAUACAGCUGUUGACAGACAGCGGAGAAAGUCACAAGUCUCAGUGUCGGGUUUAAAGGAGCGCGUCAACUUGCGGCUGAGCAGCGACGCCUUGCCUGCUGUCCGCGCGCACUUCCCGAGAUGGAGCUGAAGAGCGCGUGUCGUGCGUUUCUCCUCCCGAUCCAAAUGCUCUAUCAUGUAGUCAGGGCGAGUUUGUGCGCGCUGUUGCCAAGCAGAAAGAAGGACUUGACCAAGGAGGUGGUGCUGAUCACCGGCGGAGGUCGAGGCAUCGGCCGUCACCUGGGGAGGGAGUUUGCCAAGCAGGGGGCCAGAAAGAUCAUUUUGUGGGGCAGAACAGAAAAAUGUCUCAAGGAGACGGCUGAAGAAAUCACCCUCUCUGGAACAGAGUGUCACUACUUUGUGUGUGACGUGGCCAACCGAGAGGAAGUUUACCAGCAAGCCAAGGUGGUGAGAGAAAAGGUUGGAGAUGUUACAAUACUGGUGAACAAUGCCGCUGUAGUCCAUGGUAAAAGUCUGAUGGAGAGUGAUGAUGAUGCGCUUCUGAAAACCCAACAUAUCAAUACCUUGGGACAGUUCUGGACAACAAAAGCAUUCCUGCCUCGGAUGUUGGAGCUGCAGCAUGGCCAUGUAGUGUGCAUUAACUCAAUCUUGUCCCAGUCUCCAAUCCCUGGAGCCAUAGACUACUGCACCUCCAAGGCCUCAUCACUGGCCUUCAUGGAGAGCCUCACAUUAGGUCUGCUGGACUGUCCUGGUGUCAGCUGCACCACCGUGCUUCCUUUCCACACCAACACAGAGAUGUUCCAGGGCAUGAGAGUCAGGUUUCCACAGCUUUUCCCUCCACUCAAACCUGAAGUAGUAGCAGAAAGGACUGUUGACGCAGUCAGAGCUGAUGAGGCCUUUCUGUACCUUCCAUGGACAAUGCAUGCACUUGUCUUCCUGAAAAGUUUCAUGCCACAAGCUGCACUUGAAGAAAUCCACAAGUUUUCUGGGAGUUACACUUGCAUGAACACAUUUAAAGGGAGGACAUGAACUUGGAUUGCACACAACAUGAACAAUUCUCCGUCAGCUCUGAGGUGUAAGAAAAGGACAAUGGACCUUGAAGCAUUUGGAAGAGGACGAGUCUCUUGAAUAUUGUGAAGACACUUAAGCGACAUUAAAGGGUGUUACUUCUUCAGGUAGAAUCCGGUGAUAAACUGAGCAACAUCCCUUGACCAUUUGUGCAUGUGCAUAUAUAAGCACAUGCAUGUGAUAAUAUAGAUGACUGAACUAAAUUCUCACUUUGAACAGAAGCCAUGUAUGUCAGUACAAGUAGUGAUUCUGAGAGGGUUUGUUGUGACACUUAUUUGACUAUUUUACAGUCUAUUUUUCGUAUAUUUUUAAUGUUUUAAUCAAAAAUGUGAAAUAAAUUGAGUUUUAGACUGAAAUUGUCUCAGUAUGCAUGACAAUGAUAGCAAAACACUUGGUAAGUGCACGCUGCUGUGUGUCUGGGUUUUUACUCUCACAGUGUGAAAACAACUUUGAUUGAUUCCAAGCAUGAGACUGUGUCAAAGAUGCUGUCAAAAGAUAAAAUGUGCUCUUGGGAGGCAUGCGGGGCAUACGCUUGUUUGUUCUUAGCUUUCAGAAAACAAAGCCGGUCUAGAAGGAAAUGUAAUUCUCAAUGGAAAU